AUGCUCGCCAACUCAGCCAGCGUGAGGAUUCUCAUCAAGGGGGGGAAGGUGGUGAACGAUGACUGCACCCAUGAGGCGGACGUCUACAUCGAGAACGGCAUCAUCCAGCAGGUGGGCCGCGAGCUCAUGAUCCCCGGAGGGGCCAAGGUGAUCGACGCCACCGGGAAGCUGGUGAUCCCUGGAGGCAUUGACACCAGCACCCACUUCCACCAGACCUUCAUGAAUGCCACGUGUGUGGACGACUUCUACCAUGGGACCAAGGCGGCGCUCGUUGGAGGCACCACCAUGAUCAUCGGCCAUGUCCUUCCUGACAAGGAGACCUCCCUCGUGGAAGCCUAUGAGAAGUGCAGGGGUCUCGCUGACCCCAAGGUCUGCUGUGACUAUGCCCUCCAUGUGGGUAUCACCUGGUGGGCACCCAAGGUGAAAGCAGAAAUGGAGACACUAGUGAGGGAGAAGGGGGUCAACUCCUUCCAGAUGUUCAUGACCUACAAGGACCUGUACAUGCUUCGAGACAGUGAGCUCUACCAAGUGUUUCAUGCCUGCAGGGACUUUGGGGCGAUCCCCCGAGUUCACGCUGAAAACGGGGAGCUCGUGGCUGAGGGUGCUAAGGAGGCUCUAGAUUUGGGUAUCACAGGCCCAGAAGGAAUCGAGAUCAGUCGUCCAGAGGAGCUGGAAGCUGAAGCCACUCACCGUGUCAUCACCAUUGCAAACAGGACUCACUGUCCCAUCUACCUGGUCAAUGUGUCCAGCAUCUCGGCUGGUGAUGUGAUUGCGGCUGCUAAGAUGCAAGGGAAAGUGGUGCUGGCUGAGACCACCAACGCACAUGCCACACUCACAGGCUUGCACUACUACCACCAGGACUGGUCCCAUGCGGCUGCCUACGUCACAGUGCCUCCUCUGAGACUGGACACCAACACCUCUACCUACCUCAUGAGCCUGCUGGCCAACGACACUCUGAACAUUGUGGCAUCAGAUCACCGGCCAUUCACCACGAAGCAGAAAGCCAUGGGCAAGGAAGACUUCACCAAGAUCCCACAUGGUGUGAGCGGCGUGCAGGAUCGAAUGAGCGUGAUCUGGGAAAGGGGCGUGGUUGGAGGAAAGAUGGAUGAGAACCGCUUCGUAGCUGUCACCAGUUCCAACGCAGCCAAGAUUCUCAACCUGUAUCCUCGCAAGGGCCGCAUCAUCCCUGGAGCCGAUGCCGACGUGGUGGUGUGGGACCCAGAAGCCACAAAGACCAUCUCAGCCAGCACCCAGGUGCAGGGUGGAGACUUCAAUUUGUAUGAGAACAUGCGCUGCCAUGGCGUGCCGCUGGUCACCAUCAGCCGCGGACGCGUCGUGUAUGAGAAUGGCGUCUUCAUGUGCGCAGAGGGUACUGGCAAGUUCUGUCCCCUGCGGUCUUUCCCAGACAUUGUCUAUAAGAAGCUGGUGCAGAGAGAGAAGACCUUAAAAGUGAGGGCAGUGGACCGCACUCCCUACCUAGGGGACGUCGCUGUUGUUGUCCACCCUGGGAAAAAAGAGAUGGGAACGCCACUGGCGGACACUCCCACACGGCCAGUCACCAGGCAUGGGGGCAUGCGGGACCUUCAUGAAUCCAGCUUCAGCCUUUCCGGUUCUCAGAUCGAUGAUCACGUUCCAAAGCGGGCCUCAGCUCGGAUCCUUGCGCCCCCUGGAGGCAGGUCGAGCGGUAUUUGGUAA